AUGUUAACAUUAUUGUUUGUUUUACUCAACCGAAAUGAAAAGUGGGACAUACAAAUUCUAUCUGUUCACGUUGGGAUGGCACGUACAAAGAAAACUGCUCGUAAAUCAACUAGUGGUGGAAAGGCACCUAGAAAAUUGUUAGCAACAAAGGCUGCACGAAAGAUUUCGCGUUCUGUGGAGGGAUUGAAAAGCUCCACCGUUGUAGACCUGGAACUGUGGCCCUUCGUGAAAUUCGUAAAUGCCAAAAAUCCACUGAACCUUCGUUUCCGAUCCGCAGCAAUUCGAGUAAUGCAAGAAGCUGCCGAUGCCUAUCUUGUGGGUCUCUUCGAGGACACAAACCUCUGUGCCAUUCAUGCAAAGCGAAUAACAAUAAUGCCAAGAGACCUCCAACUUGCCAGACGUAUUCGUGGAGAACACCUUCGUUUCCGAUCCGCAGCAAUUGGAGCAAUGCAAGAAGCUGCCGAUGCCUAUCUUGUGGGUCUCUUCGAGGACACAAACCUCUGUGCCAUUCAUGCAAAGCGAAUAACAAUAAUGCCAAGAGACCUCCAACUUGCCAGACGUAUUCGUGGAGAACGUGCAUAA